AUGUUUCGUCGAAAAGUUGCUUCUUCCUGCAUUCUUGCGUCUCGGGUGUUCCUGAACGCUAGGCGUUCAGUAUCGCUCGAAGACCCCGCCGAAAGAGAAAGAGAGCGGGAACUAAGAGCAAGGAUUGUUGCGCGAUAUCGUGGAGUGAGUUUGCCGGAACUAAGCAAUAUACGCUACGGACAUUUUGCAGAACAAGAGGGUGCGACCCAAUCCACGGCUUCGCAGGCCUAUAAUGCAGUGAGUCAGAGCUAUCCGUUUGGGCAGAAUAACUCAAACGGAGCGCGGGGCGUGGACUGGUUGAUGCUUUUUACAGGGUUGGCACUGUUUUAUGUGUCGUCUAAAAUGCUAUUUCAGCGCUUCUCAGGUUUUUCAGUGGAUGCCGCAAUUGUGCCCUUGUGGGCCGCAAGCCCUGAAACGCAAGCCAAAUAUUUGAUAUAUUCUAUACAAUUUGACGCCCGGGCCCGUGAACAAAUUCAGAAGGCAUAUCAUAGCGUUCGUCAAUCCUAUCCGUUUACGGAUUUCUUUCAGUGGUUGCGGGUCCAAUAUCCUGAAUAUGGACAGGGUAUCGCUUUCAGCUAUGAGUCCGCAGUUAACUCGCUGGUUGCCAUUUUUUCUAGUGGUGAUCCUCGGGCGCUCAUGCAACUGGGUCGUGGGGUCCAAAAAGCUAUUAAAAAGCAAAAUACAAACUCGGCACAACGACUUGAUGAUUUCUUGAUGGAUGUGGGUGCUUUGGCUACCGUACAAGCUCCAGUCCGACAUUCCAUGGCUUCUGGAUACGCGGUUCCGCAGCCACCUCCGCAGCCUUUGCAGUUACAUGGGGGCGAACCCAUGUCAAUACAAGGUGCGCUUGAGUCUGCUCCCGGUGAGGCGCACAGCUCGGUUCCUUUUCAGUAG